GCAAAAUUUUCCAGAUACGGCAGACGGCUCCCAGAGUACAAUAAGCAGGGAAUGAGAACUAUUUACAUGGAAAUUUCUUCCUCAGGAUGCAGCGAAGAAACCGCGGCCGCUUGAUUUUACCAGAUGUUCCUGGGGUUACUGUAACAGAGAAGGAGAGACAGAGCUAAACAAGGUCUGUGAUUCAACUCCAGCAUUCUGCAGAACCCAACAUUUUUAAGUUGUGACUCUGUUAAAAACGAAACUGCACUAAAGUAAAAUGAACUCGCGUUCAUUCACUUAGUGGCUUCAAGAUUUAAAAGUGCCUGUGUGAAGUCACUUUUGCUGGAAACCACAGUCCAGGAGCUUUUUGUUCAAAUCUUGUUUUUCUGUCAAAUAUACAUUACCCUGACCUUACGAGUGGAUGAAGAUACCUCAACUGUCUGACUUUGCCAAUUGCUUGCUUUCAGAAUUUUAAACGGUGGAAGGAAAAAGAAAUCCUGCUAAGAUCUGAACAUCUCAGUGGCUUAUUUUCCAGCGUCGUCAAUAGCUGUGAGUAUCAGGACUAAAUAUUCUCCCAAGGAGUGCCAUGAUAUUGAGGUCACUUUAUUAAAAACAGUUUUGUCUGCGAAAGGAUCAGGAGACUCGGACGUUUGCAGUCAGAGAUGACACUGAGCAUGCUUUUAUUGCGGCCCGCAGUCUUCGAGUGGGGCAUAUUGAUUGAUGAGUGACUGCCUGCCGAAAAAUUUUCUCCGCUCUGUUUCCUGGAUUGGACUUCAUUAAGCAAUUUAUCACUUACCUUCAGACUUACAUGUGGGAUUUUCCACAACAAUAGUUUUGGGAUCAUUGGAACUUGGAUUGAUUUCAUCAUUUACAGGGAGGAACAGGAUCCCAGUUAUUUUCUCAUCAUGGCUUUGAAUGUUGCCCCCGUCAGAGAUACAAAAUGGCUGACGUUAGAGGUCUGCAGACAGUUCCAGAGAGGAACCUGCUCCCGCUCUGAUGAGGAAUGCAAAUUCGCCCACCCCCCUAAAAGCUGCCAGGUUGAAAAUGGAAGAGUAAUUGCCUGCUUUGAUUCCCUAAAGGGCCGUUGUUCAAGAGAGAACUGCAAGUAUCUUCACCCUCCCACACACUUAAAAACUCAACUAGAAAUUAAUGGGAGGAACAAUUUGAUCCAGCAAAAAACUGCAGCAGCCAUGCUUGCCCAGCAGAUGCAAUUUAUGUUUCCAGGAACCCCACUCCAUCCCGUGCCCACUUUUCCUGUAGGUCCCGCAAUAGGGACAAAUACGGCGAUUAGCUUUGCUCCUUACUUAGCACCUGUAACCCCUGGAGUUGGGUUAGUCCCAACGGAAAUUCUACCCACCACACCUGUUAUUGUUCCCGGAAGUCCACCUGUCACUGUCCCGGGCUCAACUGCAACUCAGAAACUUCUCAGGACUGACAAACUGGAGGUCUGCAGGGAGUUCCAGCGAGGAAACUGUGCCCGGGGAGAGACCGACUGCCGCUUUGCACACCCCGCCGACAGCACCAUGGUCGACACAAACGACAACACCGUAACCGUUUGUAUGGAUUACAUAAAGGGGCGUUGCAUGAGGGAGAAAUGCAAAUAUUUUCACCCUCCUGCACACUUGCAGGCCAAAAUCAAAGCUGCGCAGCACCAAGCCAACCAGGCCGCGGUGGCCGCCCAGGCAGCCGCGGCCGCGGCCACAGUCAUGACUCAGUCGACUGCCAAAGCAAUGAAGCGACCUCUCGAAGCAUCUGUAGACCUGGCCUUCCCUCCUGGUGCUCUUCAUCCUUUACCAAAGAGACAAGCACUUGAAAAGAGCAACGGUGCCAGCGCCGUGUUUAACCCCAGCGUCGUGCACUACCAGCAGGCUCUCAGCAGCGCGCAGCUCCAGCAGCACGCCGCGUUCAUCCCGACAGAUAAUUCUGAAAUAAUCAGCAGAAACGGAAUGGAAUGCCAAGAAUCUGCAUUGAGAAUAGCUAAACAUUGUUACUGUACAUACUAUCCUGUUCCCUCCUCAAUAGAAUUGCCACAAACUGCAUGCUAAAUAAAGAUUUAGUUCUUCUGGACAGACCACAACUCUAAGAAGCUAGUGCUGCUAUAUCAUAUAUGAGUAUUAAAUAUGGUAUGCUUAGUAUAUUCCAACCUAAGAUAGUUAACUACCUGAGACCAGCUGUGAUGUUAAAGGACAUAAAGGAUAAAGUUUACUUUUAAAGGGUUUCUAAACAUAGUUUCUGUCCUAGGAAUAUUGUCUUAUCUCCAUAACUAUAGCUGAUGCAGAAAGUCCAACCAAUUUAUUCGUUUCGACUCAGAAUAUUUCAAAGUUAGCAAUAAGCGAUUAGCAUUAGUUUAAAAAAAAAAAAAAGAAAGAAAAAACAAACCUAUUCCAGGGGCAGGUUCAAUUCUAACUUCAAUUACUGUCAUUUCAUUUUACCCACUGGAUCAGAGCUGUGUUUCACUUCUUGACAACAAGAAUGCUGCAGCAGAGAUGAGAAGUGAAGUAAAACCGUGACCUGUCCUGCAGGUCUAAAAUCUGAAUGGAAAUUCAAGCACAAGUACUGGGGACACAUCGAAGUGCGGUAUUUGGUUUGCCUGGAGACGCCGCAUUGAAUCAUGUGAUUCUAGAAUAACAUUAAUAGUUUGAAAAAGAAACUUUGUACGGUGUGAGUUUCAUACCUAACCAAACAAAGUCUUGAAGGUAUUAUUUUACAAGUAUAUUUUUAAAGUUGUUUUAUAAGAGAGACUUUGUAGAAGUGCCUAGAUUUUGCCAGACUUCAUCCAGCUUGACAAGCAUGAGAGGCCCAUGCCGACAGUCUAACCGAAGGGAUCAGUCUUUCCAACUCACCAUCCGGUUGCCUGUUACCGAGUAACUCUUCUAAACUAAAAACCUAGACAAACAAGGAAGCUGUAGGUGGGGAGAUCUGUAUAAUAUUCUAAUUUAAGUAUGUUUGAGUUUAGUCACUGAAAAUUUGACUGUGACUUUAAUCUAAAUUACUACGUAAACAGCAAGUAGAUAGUUUCACUUUUUAAAAAAUCCAUUACUGUUUUGCAUUUCAAAAGUUGGAUUAAAGGGUUGUAACUGACUACAGCAUGGAAAAACAAAUAAGUUCUUUUAAUUCUUUCACCUUAAAGCAUAUUUUAUGUCUCAAAAGUAUAAAAAACUU